ACAGUGUUUUCUGAUUGUUAAGAUAAUCCAACAUGUUUUACCUAUUGAUUAUCAUGUAUUUCAUGUCAUCAUCACUCAAAGUUGAAAGUCUAAAGGCCAUUCAAAUGACCUCCUAUGACGCUCUUAUAUCCUACUUGUCAAAUGGAGCAGAAGCGUCAUAUUUCUUUAACAUUUCCACCUGUGUACCAGCCAAUGCAACGCCAAAAUUUGACAUUCCCCUGAUUGGUGGCAAAAUCAAAUUAUUUGUUGACUGGCGAGAAGAGGACUGGCGAAAAGAGGAUGAAUCAAGAGUUGUUUAUUUCAGCGAAACCAGAUACACAGACGAAAACAUAAAAGAUUUGAAUGAAGAAAUACAAUCAUUCUGGCUAUUCAAAGACACGUCAGAGGUGUAUUGGGGAAAGCCCGGCUUCUUUGUGAAUUAUACUGCUGACACGGAAGGUGUAUUUUGUAACUGGACAAAUGGAGAGGGGAAAAUAUUAGUAACACAGCCUAAUGAACAAAAACAGUUGACGACAUUCAAAGACGUUCAGACUACGCUGAUGGCUGGUGAGGAAAUUCGCUGGAUCGUUAAAAUGAUUGGCUGUAAAUGUCCUCCGGAUCCGCUAGGCUGUAUGGAUUCCUCCUUUGGUGAUACUAUCAAAGGGUGAAGACAACGAACAGAUGAAAGAUUUCAAGAUAAAGAAUGGUUCCAUUAGUUUUUCCUCAUCAAUGACAGUUUACGUUCCCCUUCCUCGGCAAUAUACCCGACUUGUUGUUUUUGGACAUGUUUAUGAAAACAACACAGUUAAUUUCAUGGCUUCUUAUUUUGAUCCCACGACAUGGGUAGAUGGAAAAAAUUAUAUGAUCGUAUGUCCAAUAAGUACAGAACCUUCAGCAGAAGGCGCUAUAUUUUUUACGACCAUUGAAUAAAGUUGUGUACAUGAA